AAAAAAAAGUAACUUUUUGUUUACAAAUAAAAAGGGCGGGAAUCUUGUAGUUUACGAAUUGAUGUCCGGAUUUAUAGUUAUUUGGAAGUAUUUUACUUGAUAUUUCGAUUUCUUUAUGUUUAAUAUUUAUGGAGACUGGCUCUGGAAAAAAUUGUAUUAACACACUUAUCAAACCAACUAUAACAUUAGCAAAGAAAUUAGGUUUGAUUGAAGUCAUUUACAUUGCAAGUCCUGAGACUGAUGACACACACAGAAAUGAUGUCAGGAAAUUUCCACAGGAAUUUGACUACUUGAUUGUGGUGGACUUCGAGUCAACUUGUUGGGAGGGAAAUCGAUCAGGAUGGAGGCGGCCAGAAAUUAUUGAAUUCCCGGCAGUAUUGCUGAAUCUUUCAAGUGGCGAUGUGGAAGAUGAAUUCCAGCAGUACGUUUCACCAUCAGAGAAUCAGAAGUUGAGUGAAUUCUGCAAGACGUUGACUGGCAUAACUCAGCAACAGGUGGAUGAUGGGGUUCCUUUGGCAACAUGUUUGGUUCUCUUUAAUCGAUGGAUUUUACAGUUAUCAGAGCAGAAAAAGCUAGUCAUCCAUAAACAAGUAAAUGAUGUAAACGGAGAGAAGUCUUGCACAUUUGUCACUUGGUCAGAUUGGGAUUUUUCCUCGUGCCUUCAUAAUGAAUGUCGUCGUAAACAAAUUUCAAAACCAGAGAUAUUCAACAAGUGGAUAGACUUGCGUGCAAUCUACAGGGAGUUCUACAAGAGAAGCCCCAAGGGUCUCCGGGGAGCACUUCACGAGGUGGGUCUGGCCUUCGAAGGACGGGAGCAUUCGGGACUGCACGACGCCCGCAACACGGCACAUCUGGCCUGGCGCAUGGCGUGCGACGGGGCGAAGCUGGGCAUUACCAAGACGCUGCUUCCAAACACUUCAACAAGAGCUGCAAGGAAGUGUGUUCUUGAAGAAUCUUGCAGCAAUGCGGAGGAGUCGACACCAGUGAGAAAACCUCUGCAGAAUGUUGGGAACGCCCCAGCCGAAAGGCACGCCAGAGUUGAGUCAUACACCAAGAACGAGAGGCAAAUUUUAGCUAACAUUAAUGCAUCAGAGACUGUUAGAGCUGUGAAAAGUCAAGUUGGUAAAAAGAGUGCUCUAAACACUCCCGAACCUAACCGGAAGAAUCAGUCGAGCUACAAAACCCCAGCUACCUCGAAGCGGCCAUUGCCUUCUUCCAGUUGCAAGAAGACACCUCCCCUGUGUCACUGUGGCAGGCGAGCGGUGCGAAAGCUGGUGUCUCUCCCGGGGCCCAACCAGGGCAGGCGGUUCUUUACCUGCUCAAACAGGAAGUCCCUGGGCAUGAAAACCUUGUCAGGCUGUGGAUUCUUUCGGUGGGACAUGUAAGUUAGCAAUAAAAAUAGUAUACCUUUUUGAGAACACUGUAAUAUUUCUAUUCAAAUUGGCUAUGAGGUAAUGUGAGAAGUAAGCUGUUAAAAUACUUGGGUGUUAAAGGUAAGUUGCAAUUUAUAUUUUAGAAAGUGUCCAUCAUAAUAAGCCUGAGUAUUUUGGCACAGAAAGCUACAGAAAUAUUUGUGUAAAGAUUACUGAACAUACAGCCCAGGUUAGGGUUUAUUUAUGGUUUAUGUAGGUAAAUGUUCAUCAACAUAACUUUUUUACUGACAUAAAGGUAGUACAUAUAAUGUAGCAGACAAUUAUCUCAUGGAUAAAAAUAAAGUUGACUUAUAACCUAUCAUAAGUGUAUAAUAUUUGGUUUUAUAUUGUUUUAAUUGUGGGGAAUGAAUACCGUGUUUUCUCGCAUAAUCGUUGCAGAUUUUAUUCUAAAAUCAAGUUUGAAAAGUAGGGGUGCAACCAUUGUGCGGAAAAUUUUUUUUGUUAGGUAAAGUUAUUCAUAAAAACAAAACCUGUUCAUGGAAAGUACGUUUAUUUAAAAAAUGGCGGAGUAUACAAGAGCACGCCAAACAAUCUAUAUUAAUAAUUCCUUAAACAAAAACCUUUCUUCAACAUUAAAAACUCUAACGCGAACGCAAGCCACUAGAAUCUGACGUGAACUAACGUGUCGUAGUACACACUUGCCACGAAAGAAUGCGGGCUAUCAAAUGUAGUUAACUCGGCACCUGAAAGAGAGCGCGCGUUGCAUCCAAUCGGCGAGAUAUCGAUAUUCGACUACGUGCACGCGCUCUAUACAGGAAACAACAUAACCAAACAUGAAUUAUACGCUGGCUACAUUUUUAUAAGCGGUACGCCACAGUAACGCAAUCAGAUAAAGGAAAUACCGUUUAAAAACGUCUUUAAAAGAAAAUUUACACGUCAGACAACUUUGUAUUUCCGUUUAUUAAAUAAAUAAGUGGUAAUGACCGAAAUUAAAUUUUAGAUUACACCUACACCGCGGCGACACAGACGAUCAGAUAAAGGAAAUAACUUUUAAAACGUCUUUAUAAGAAAAUUUACAUGCCAAACAACGUUGUAUUUUUCCGUUAAUUUAUUAAGUGAUAAUGACCGAAUAAAUAUUAGAUUUCUACUUUAAAAUACAUCGUUUUAUACGGUAAAGAUACCUACACAAAGCAUUCAGCAUUUACUAGCGGGACCAAAUCAUCAUGCGACGUUUACGCGAUAAGUUUUUCUAUCCCAAUUUUGACAGCCUAAAAUAUGGUUGCGACGAUUACGCGCGUGCGACGAUUCUGCGAUAAAACACGGUAGUUUAUUACAAAAUGCUUCAGUACUCAGUGACCUUGAUGGGCUAUUGAUGGAAAAUAUCAAAAUUCCAGCAGCCUCCACUUUGUGAUGAUCUAGUUAUGUUAGCCAAGCACUAGUACACAAGUAAAGGUUUGUUAAGGCCUGUCUACAACAUUCCGAACCCAUGGAUGGUCCGUGUCCUUAUCCUAAUGUGAAUGAUGUGACAUUGUUGUGUGGAAAACCGCCCUGUCUGAGCGUAGUAAAUAUAAAGUGCCAAAAUAAAUGUUUUUCAAUUGUU